UGGAGCUGUGCAGUCACAACGCUGUGUCACUAGAGUCCAGUCUGUGCUGCUCCUCCGUCAGCCCCGUUAUGGCAGACCCACGCUUGAGGCAGAUCAAGAUUAAGAUCGGAGUCGUGAGACGAUUGGCAAAAGAAAAAGUUACGUAUGAAAAAGAAGCAAAACAGCAAGAAGAAAAGAUUGAAAAAAUGAAAGCUGAAGCAUGUGAUGAUUAUGGAAUUAAGAAGCAGAUUGAGAUCUUACAAGAGUCACGAAUGAUGAUUCCAGACUGCCAGCGCAGAUUAGAAGUUGCAUAUGCAGAUCUUACUCAACUACUAGAAAAUGAAAAAGAAUUGCAAGAAGCAGAAGAGUAUAAAGAAGCAUGUUCCAUACUAGAGUCAGUGAAGCUGGAAACCUAGAAGUUUUUCAGCACUCUCUUUAUAUGCAUUUAGCACUGGGUCCAUUCCACACUUUCAUUUGACUAUGGCUCUAUUGUUAUUGUUGUCUUGCUAAGGUUCUCUUUAUGCAAACAGGCCUUUCUCUAACUGCUAGAUGCAUCAAAUAAAGGAUGUUCUGAAA